CGCCGCAACGCUCCUGAGAGCGAGCGUCCUCCACUGCUGAGCCGCUCACACACGCUCUCUCUCACACACACACACACGCUCACACGGCCACACGCACACACACGCUUCGCAACUCCUGACAGAUACGCGACCGGUCAGCAUGGAGGAAGCCGACCUGCUGAAGGAGAGGCUCCUGGCCAUCACGGACAAGAGAAGAGUCCAGGAGGAAAUCGCCAAGAAAAGGAGACAAAUUGAAGAGGAGAAACUGAAACUCCAAUACCUCAAGAAAAAAGCCCUGAGGGAGCAGUGGCUGAUGGACGGGCUGAGCCCCCAGAACGAGGAGGAGCAGCAGGCCAUCAAACAGCAGGCCCAGGACCACCAAGACCAGACUGUCCUGCUGCAGUCCAACAUCGACAGAAUGGAGGAGGAGAUCGAGAGCCUGGAGACCCAGGAGCUGAGCAUCUCGGCCAACGAGGAGGUGAUCCUGAGGAGGCUGAAGGAGGUGGAGAAGACGCCGGAAGACAUCAUCAAGAGAGCUACGGCUGUGGUGAGAGGCACGGACGAAAGCGGAGCGAGAGAAAGCUGCAGUAGCCCUGAGAAUCUCAAUCCAAACAAACCCAGAUCCGACGCAGAGGUAGUUGCCAUGGAGACGAGCGAACAACCUGAGGUGGCCAAGGUAACAGAUUGCGAAGAGGAACUGGCCUUGAGUGAAUCACCUGAAAAACACAGUGCAGAAGACGAACAGGUUGGCCCCGACGCCGACUGCCUGGAUUCCCAAGGAAAAAAGGCCACGCUCCACAUCCUGAAAGAGCUGCCGACCGGUUCUAUCGAGAUAGAGGAGCUGGAAGGCCUGGGGAACGGCCACAGACCCUGUCAGAGAGAAGCCCUGAUCCUCGACACGGGGCGCGAAGAACUCAACAGGAACGAAUCCAUCAACUCGUCCGUCUCUGACACGCUGUCCAGCGCCGACAGCGUGUACGAAAACGAGGCUCAUCGCAAGAGGCAGGACACCCAGGAACAGGACCAGGUGGACGAGCCCCUGGCCAGCCCUGAGGAAGACACGACCAGCGUCCAUACCGCCGAGCCCUACGUGUGUGAGGACGACGCCUGCGACCCUAUGGGCGAGGACGUCCCAGAGGAGUCCAUCCUGGAGCAGUACAUCCGAGAGGAGGCCUUGUCCGACGUCUCCAAUGAGGAGUACCCAGAAGAGCUGGACGAGUGUCUGAGAGUGGAGAUCGCCGCCGCCUCGUCCGACAGCGACGGCGACGACAAAUGGCGGGCCAUCUUCUCCUCGUCCAUAAACAGGGAGGACGAUGACUCGUACUUGGACGGCUUGCAGCUCAGCGCGCAAGAGCUGUUUGUCCAGAAGGUGGAGGUGAACAACAUGCAAAACCACGCCGACGGCUACCCGGGAGAUGAGGACCCGGAAACCGAUCAGGAAGAGGGUGGAGUCGUAGUAGAGCAACCAGACGACGUCAAUUACAACGGGACCCCUACGCAGGAAGUGAUCUUUGACGCGUUGACCCUCCACAACCUAUCGCAGAACGCAGACAGCGACAAGGAGGAAAAGCCCAAUAACACGCACCCACAUCCCCACCACGCCACCGGUGACCCCAACAAGAAGAUGCCCAAGGAUUUCUGCGUGAUCCAAGAGACCAAGAGCGAGAACGUCAGCACGGAGCAUGUGGACUUCCAGCUGGCCCGUAGGCAGUGGCUCGAGAUGGAAGAGCAGACCAAGAACCAGGUCCUCUCACCCACCAGCAAGACCCCCACCUUCCAUGGCAGCCACAGCUUCAUGUACACCCCAGUAAGGAACAUUGACAGGCCCAAAAAGGACCCUAGUCUGGAGAACCUACCCCUGCUAGGGGACUACCCUCACACCCAGUUCAGCCCCUGCUCUGAAGACUCUGGCCUGGAUGACUCCAGCUACAGGUCUCCCUACGAUGACCCGGAGACCCCCAUGGAAAAGGAGAUACGCCUGGCCAUGGAGAGGGAGGAGAGCUUCCGGAAGGAGCGGGGCUUCUCCAAGACGUUCAGAACCACGGAAUCGCCGCAGGUGAGGAUCCCCAAAUCCCCCAGCGCCCCCCUGACGCCAUCCUUCAUCAUCACCUCCUCGCCGGCGAAGGCGUCGCUCGACGACAUGGCGGGGAGCAACGUCGUCAUCCUGGAGCCUGGCGAUGACGACUAUCCAGCGAGCCCGCGGCAUGGCGGCAGCGCUCGUACCCUCUCGGCCCGCACGGGCGAAUGGCGUUCGGAUGAGAGUCACAGCUCCAGCUCUAACCUCAUCAUCCUGGAGACGUCCAAGCUGAUCGUGCGCAGCGCGUCCGAGUUCUGCCUGAACAAGGCCAGCGGCGAGGAGCAGCCGCAGGAGAAGGGCUUCCUGCAGAACCCCUUCUUCAAGCUGCGCUCGCGGUCCACGCUGUCGCUGGUGGACGAGGAGAUCAAGAUGGUGAAGCAGAGAGAGGAGGAGCUGAGGAGAGAGAGGGCUGGCAUGUACACCAAAACAGGCUUGGUCACCCCCAAUAUGAUGGACAGCUUGUCUUUUGAAAACUCAGUUGAUGUUCCUAUGAAGUGCAAGUCCUCUCCAUCGUCACCGAUGAAAACACCAUACAAGAUGGAUCGCUCCGCGCUCUCCUGUGAUCACAGAUUUCCAGAGGUGUACACCGGCGGACGGCGCAAGAGCGCCAUGGCACUGCGCUGGGAGGCCGGGGAGUUCGCAAACAAUGACGACUGAACACCAAUAGAAUGCAGCUGAUCCUUAUGAAAACACGUUCUUGUCCAAUUUCAGCUGUUUUACCAGAUCUCAAUGCUGUGCUAUAAACUCCAGUUUGUUUCUUGUCGCAACAUGCUGUUUCAUCGCUCGCUGCUUCUGUGUUGUUGAUGAGCCUCUGGAAAGAGAGAGAGACAGACUAAUGGGCAACGUUUAUUGACGGGACUAUAGAUCAUGUAUAGACACUCUAGCUAUCAGCAAAGUGAACUGAAACUGUUGUUAUGCAACAGCAAGAUAUGGUAAGUGGAUUUUGUAAGUUUUUAUUGAUAGUUGAGCGUCUAUAUAUUUUCUAUAGAGGGGACCUCUUUUUAAAGUGACUAUUGCAGUGUAUGUUUACCAAGAUGCCUAUGUAAUCUGAAUGUAAAGUUUAGUCCACAGUUGCGAACGUUUUCUGACAUUUCCAUGUAAAGCAAAUCUGAAAACAUAUUUUAAUGUAUUGUCUCGCUAAAGACUCUAUUUAUUGUAUUUUCGUACUGUGUAUUCCUCUGAAACAAAUGAUGUGGUUUCCAGACAAUCUUGUAGAAUUGUGCCAGGCCUGCAUAUUUUCAACACAAUACAAUGCAAUAAAAAGAUUCUCGA